ACUUGAUAUUCUUGCGGCCCAAUUCAAUAUUUGUAGGAGAAAAAAAAGGGAGGGGACUUGCAGAAAAAGAUUUUGAUUUUCCAAUUCAAAGGUAUUUCUAGGGCUUUACCACUUAUUAAUUCACAUCCCUCUUGGACUCUUUAUCUUGUAUUGAAUCUGGAAACGGAAAAAAAAAAAAAAAAAAAAAAAAGCUAACAAAAUUAGAAAGAAGGAAAAUCAUAGGAAUAGAAGUCAAUCCCUAAAACAACGAAAUAGAUAGCAAGGAUUGAAAUGAGUAGAAUGUGGAGGCUGACUUCCCUUGACAACGCCGUGAGGACUCUUAGAUAUCUCCAGCAAUCCUCCUUCUCUACUGCAGUUAUCCGCCAGCAUUCUUCUUCCUCUCCACGCCUCUCUUUUCCGCCUUUGGCCACCACUCUCCGCCACCUUCGCACAGGCCGCGAUGCUGGCGUCAGUUACGAGACUACACCUCCAGUAAACUGGGGCAUCCGCAUCGUACCGGAGAAGAGAGCCUACGUGAUAGAAAGAUUUGGGAAAUACUUGAAAACGCUGUCGUCUGGAAUACAUUUCCUUAUCCCACUCGUGGAUCGAAUUGCCUACGUUCAUUCACUCAAGGAAGAGGCCAUUCCUAUCCCGGACCAAUCCGCUAUUACCAAGGACAAUGUCAGCAUUCUCAUUGAUGGCGUUCUCUAUGUCAAGAUUGUGGACCCCAAGCUUGCCUCUUAUGGCGUUGAGAACCCAAUCUAUGCCGUCAUUCAGCUUGCUCAAACCACCAUGCGUAGCGAGCUUGGUAAAAUUACCCUCGACAAGACCUUCGAAGAGAGAGACACUCUCAACGAAAAGAUUGUGGAGGCCAUCAAUGUGGCCGCAAAAGACUGGGGUCUCCAAUGUCUCCGAUAUGAGAUAAGGGAUAUAUCUCCACCCCGUGGAGUGAGGGCAGCUAUGGAGAUGCAAGCAGAAGCGGAGCGCAAAAAGAGAGCUCAAGUUCUUGAAUCUGAAGGAGAAAGACAGGCCAACAUAAAUAUUGCUGAUGGUGGGAAAAAUGCUGUGAUCUUAGCAUCUGAAGCUGCAAGAAUGGAUCAAGUUAACCGAGCGCAAGGUGAAGCGGAAGCCAUCCUUGCUAGAGCUCAAGCUACAGCUAAAGGAAUUGCCUUGGUGUCUCGGUCCCUGAAGGAAAAUGGGGGAGUUGAGGCAGCAAGCUUGAAGAUUGCAGAGCAGUACAUUCAAGCCUUCAGUAAUAUUGCCAAGGAGGGCACAACAAUGUUGCUUCCUAGUUCUGCUGCAAACCCUGCCAACAUGAUUGCCCAAGCUCUCACCAUGUACAAAAGCCUGGUCAGCGAUGUUUCUACUGAUGGUUCUCGUGUAAACAUUUCCCCUGAGCUAUCUGGAAGCACAAAGAAUGCUCCCUCUGGAGAGACUGAAAGUGAAAUCCUGAACCCUAAAGCCAAGGAAGCAAGAGACUCAAGUCAUGUUGGUCAAGCUGGAUAUUCACUUCAGGCCUCCAAGAAGAACGAAUAAAACUGAUUUUUACCAAAAUUCCGUUGCUUGAAACCAGAUAUUUCCGGGUUCUUGUAUGAAGACUAUUUUGAUACUAGUUAGAAGAAGGUUUUGAAUAUUUCAAAAAGAAAGGCAAGGAUUUAGGGAUUUAGAAUUGAUAAGAGAGGAUGUCCAUUCAUAUGGUAUGAGUUUAGGACUGCGAUGUGAUACAGGCUGCGUAUCUUUUUGAGCCUCGAGGCACCAACUAAAGGGUUAAAAGCCUAUACGUAGCAGUGGGGUACAAACAUUUGAUUGGAUUUAAUUUCUUACGCUUACAGUCUAAACUGUAAAUCAAAUAAAACU